AUGGUUCACCCCAAUCGAAGCAUAAUUUCUGUUGAGAACAUUGUUGAAACUCCACCAGCAACAGAUAAGUAUCAAGCACUAAAAGACGGCUUGUUAAACCACUACUCUGUCUCACAGGAUGUGCAAUUUAAGAAGUUGGUUUCUGGUCUUGAACUGGGGCAUAAACGACCCUCAGAACUUCUAACAGAAAUGGCCAAAAUAGGUGGCAAUCAACUGACCGAAAACUUUUCGAGAACUAUCUGGACUGAUCGUCUUGCGGGCAAUGAAAAUAAUGUGGCAGACGCCUUAUCCAGAAUGGAUGCCCUUAGAUUUCCCACAGUAAUUGAAUUCAAUGAGCUGGCCGCGGCACAAGAAGCCGAUGAUGAGCUCAAAGACAUUUUAAAAAACAACCAAAUCUCACUAAAGUUCCAGAAACUCACAUAUUAUUAUAUGGAGCAGUCCAUCAAGGUUGUGGGUCCUAUAGCCUUAAUAUCAACCAUCCACCAACCAGCAGUUACAUUUUUGUUUCGUGCAGUUAUCGUCAUGUUUUGGGCUGAGUGUCUUCUUCACAAAAUCAUGUCUAUAAAAAAUAAAUCCCCAGUGGAUACAAGUGAAGAUUUGGCAGGGUUUGUUACUUUUGUCAAUUACUUGUACAUUUGUUCUACCUUUAGAAAUAUUGCUGAAAAAUAUUCAAAAUUGUUUUUUCAAAUUACCAACACUGAAUUUGGUAUACCUCCAAAGAUGAAAUUGAUGACUAAAUAUGCAAAAAUUGGCACUUUGGCAAUACUAAUUUACGCUUCAAUAGGUACUUUUGUUUAUGCAUUGGUAAAAUAUUUUAUUGAAUCUGUUGUGAUAACUAUGCCUUGGGAAGCAGCUCUGAUAAUCAAAUCUAAAAUUCACCAUUUAAAAGAUCAGUUUAGACAAGUUUUUGAUUCGAAUGAUCCAGUAUUACGUAGAAGGCGCUUGAGAUAUUGCAUCCAGUAUCAUCAGCAAAUUAUAAGCAUGACUAACAUCUUGAAUGAAGUUAACAACAAAGUGGCCGGUCAAAUGUCAUUUGCUGCCGCUUUGAUAAUGAGUACUUUAGCUAGUCAGUUGUUAGAGGUUUAUUCUAUUGCAGCUGCCCUACAUCUUUUCGGUUACAUGUUGAUAAUAUAUUUGAUUUGUGAGAUUGGCCAAUCAAUGCAAGACGAGACUUACAACAUUCAGGACGCUAUAAAUGAAUCCGAUUGGUUCAAAGAUCCAAUAUUGGUCAAAGAUCUGCAGCUGGUAUUACUUCGGUGUCAGAAACCAAUUUACAUGGAAUCGGUUUUAUUGGGCGCUUUUAAUUACAGCCAACUAAUUAUAACUGCUUUGUUUAUUAACGGUAGCUUAUCUGCCUUUGAAGAUAUUUAUCACUACUAUAUUGACUCGUUAGUAGCGCAUUGUACAAUUAGGGACGAUAUUAAUGCUGUUGCUUCUGAAGAAAUAUCAUCGGUCUUUGUGAAGACGAUGAUGGCCUGA